CCAAAUUAACCUCCAUUUUUUCCUUCAUCCUAAGGUUUAAUUAAUGAAGCUCAUGUCAUCUUUAGACACUGAAUAACAAUAGAAAGUUAAGGAAAAAAAAAAGCAAGAUGAUGCCACCUACGGAGCCUCCGAAGAAGGGUAGUAUCCGUAACCAAGGGAGCUCGGGGAGUGGCGGAAGCUCAUCUGGUGGCAACGGUGGGCAAGCGGUGAAGUUUGCGAGGCGAACGUCGAGUGGGAGGUACGUGACAUUGUCGAGGGAAGAUAUUGACAUGUCAGGGGACUAUACAGGGGAUUACAUGAAUUACACCGUGCACAUUCCUCCUACACCAGAUAGAGAUAAUCAACCUAUGGAAAGCUCGUCUGUGGCGGCUAAAGCUGAGGAACAAUAUGUGUCCAACUCAUUAUUCACUGGAGGGUUCAAUAGUGUCACAAGGGCUCAUCUUAUGGAUAAGGUUACUGAUUCGGAUUCUAACCAGCCGGAUCAUGUGGCUCGUGGAAAGGCAGGUUUUUGUCAAAUGCCUGUGUGUGAUGGUGAGACCAUCAAAGAUGAUCGAGGGAAUCGGGUGUAUCCUUGCGAAUGCAGGUUCACAAUAUGCAAUGAUUGUUUCACGGAUGCACAAAAGGGCAGCGGAGUAUGUCCAGGAUGCAAAGAGCCUUACAGACUUGGAGACUACGACGACGAUCAACCUGAUUUCUCCGGUGGUGCGCUCCCAUUACCAGCCCCGAACAAGGCAAAUGGUGAUCGACGCAUGACAAGCCGGAAGAAAGGCGGCGAUUUCGACCACAAUAAGUGGUUGUUCAAUGAGACGCAGGGAACUUAUGGUCAUGGGACAGCUUAUUGGCCUCCAGAAGAUUCUUAUGAUGGUGAUGGUGGUGGUAUGAGUGGUGUACUUGAAGCUGCUGACAAACCUUUUAAGCCCCUUAGUAGGAUUAUUCCUAUUCCUAGUGGUGUCAUUAGUCCUUACAGGUUGUUGAUCGUCAUACGUUUGGUGUUUUUAGGCCUAUUCUUAGCAUGGCGUGUAAAAAAUCCAAACGAGGAGGCUGUAUGGCUUUGGCUUAUAUCCAUUAUAUGUGAAAUUUGGUUUGCAUUUUCUUGGCUACUAGAUAUCAUUCCCAAAAUAUGUCCUAUAAAUCGGUCUACUGACCUCGUUGCCCUUAAAGAAAAAUUCGAACAACCGUCUCCGUCAAACCCAACAGGCCGGUCUGACUUACCUGGUGUUGAUCUUUUUGUCUCCACCGCUGACCCGGAAAAAGAACCACCACUUGUGACGGCCAAUACCAUUCUUUCAAUCUUGUCUGUUGAUUAUCCGGUCGAGAAGCUAGCAUGUUAUGUGUCUGAUGAUGGUGGCGCUCUACUAACAUUUGAGGCAAUGGCUGAGGCAGCUAGUUUUGCAGAAUUAUGGGUGCCAUUUUGUAGGAAACAUGAUAUUGAGCCUAGAAAUCCAGAGACUUAUUUUUGUUUGAAAGGUGAUCCUACUAAAAAUAAGCUUCAACCUGAUUUUGUUAAGGAUAGGAGGAAGAUUAAGAGGGAAUAUGAUGAGUUUAAGGUUCGGAUUAACGGGUUACCUGACUCUAUUAGGAGAAGGUCUGAUGCAUUUAAUGCUAGAGAGGAGAUGAAGAUGAUGAAACAAAUGAGGGAUGGUGGGGGAGAUCGGUCCGAACCCAUUCGUGCCCAAAAGGCUACUUGGAUGGCGGAUGGAACUCAUUGGCCUGGUACUUGGGUUAUAUCUGCUGCUGAACAUGCCAGGGGUGAUCAUGCAGGUAUCCUUCAGGUUAUGUUGAAGCCACCAUCACCAGACCCAGUAUUGGGAACACCGGAUGACAAGCUCGUAGACUUCUCUGAGACAGAUAUACGCCUCCCCAUGUUUGUGUAUGUGUCGCGUGAGAAGCGCCCUGGCUAUGACCACAACAAGAAGGCCGGAGCUAUGAACGCAUUGGUGCGAUCAUCUGCCAUCCUCUCUAAUGGUCCCUUCAUCCUCAACCUUGAUUGUGAUCACUACUUUUAUAAUUGUAAGGCCAUUCGAGAGGGUAUGUGUUUCAUGCUUGAUCGAGGGGGUGAAGACAUUUGUUACAUACAGUUUCCUCAGAGGUUUGAAGGCAUUGAUCCGUCUGAUCGAUAUGCUAAUCGAAACAAUGUGUUCUUUGAUGGAAACAUGCGUGCUCUCGACGGUCUUCAGGGUCCAGUCUAUGUGGGCACGGGUUGUAUGUUCAGGCGGUUUGCAUUAUAUGGGUUCGAUCCACCAAAUCCAGACAGGGCAUUAAACGAAAACAAAGAUACAGAGACGCAAGCGUUGAAUUCAUCGGAUAUGGAUCCGGAAUUGGAUAUCAAUUUGCUGCCUAAAAGAUUUGGGAACUCAACGAUGUUGUCAGAAUCUAUACCCAUUGCAGAGUAUCAAGGGCGUCCACUAGCUGACCAUCCUGCAGUUAAGUAUGGAAGGCCACCUGGUGCUCUUAGAGUCCCUCGUGAACCCCUCGAUUCGAGCAUUGUUGCUGAAGCUGUCUCUGUUAUCUCUUGCUGGUACGAAGACAAAACAGAAUGGGGAGACAGAGUAGGAUGGAUCUAUGGAUCAGUGACAGAAGACGUGGUAACAGGUUACCGGAUGCACAAUCGUGGGUGGCGCUCAGUGUACUGCAUCACAAAACGAGACGCCUUCCGAGGAUCAGCUCCCAUCAAUCUAACUGAUAGGCUACACCAGGUGCUACGAUGGGCUACAGGGUCAGUGGAAAUCUUUUUCUCAAGAAACAAUGCUUUCUUAGCCACUCGCCGCCUAAAGCUCCUACAGAGGUUAGCCUACAUUAAUGUAGGAAUAUACCCAUUCACCUCCCUCUUCCUCAUCAUGUACUGCUUCCUUCCGGCGCUCUCGCUCUUCUCCGGGCAGUUCAUUGUGCAGACGCUUAGCAUUACAUUUUUAGUGUACUUGCUUAUUAUGACGCUGUGUUUAAUAUUUUUGGCCAUUUUGGAGGUAAAAUGGUCUGGAAUUGAGUUGGAGGAAUGGUGGAGAAAUGAGCAGUUUUGGCUUAUUUCCGGUACUAGUUCUCAUCUUGCUGCUGUUAUUCAAGGCCUCCUCAAAGUCAUUGCAGGUAUCGAGAUCUCAUUCACAUUGACCUCAAAAUCAGCAUCAGAAGAUGAAGAUGAUGUUUUCGCGGAACUUUACCUAGUGAAAUGGAGUUCAUUGAUGCUCCCACCAAUAGUAAUAGCAAUGGUAAACAUUAUAUCAGUUUGCUAUGCUUUUGCUAGGACAAUAUAUAGCUCAACACCAUCAUGGAGCAAGUUCUUGGGUGGUGCAUUCUUCAGUUUCUGGGUGUUAGCUCAUUUAUACCCUUUUGCUAAAGGGUUGAUGGGAAGAAGAAGGAAAACUCCUACAAUUGUGUUUGUUUGGUCUGGUUUAAUUGCCAUUACAAUAUCUUUGCUUUAUAUUGCUAUUAAUCCUCCCUCAUCUGGAGGUUCAGGUGGUUCAUCUUUUACAUUCCCUUGA